AUGCUCGCAAUUCAAGUUGUUACUGCAGUGUGCUGUUGUCUAUUGGCAACGGCACAGGCAAGACCAUCAGGACAUGGUUCUUCUGACCACAAACUGGUAGCAGUACCUGAUCUGAGUGAUUUUGGUGGUAUUACCUAUCCACAUUUGGAUGUGAUUGAUCUAGGAGAAACUCAAAAGUACGUCCCGGAGAAAGAAAUUAAAGUGGUACGUACCAUAACCAUCACACAGCCUUAUCCAGUGAAGGUACCCGUGAAGGUACCCUAUCCAGUACCAGUGGUUAAAGAAGUACCUAUUGAAGUUACUAAAGUUGUCAAAGUACCAGAACCAGUUCAUGUGGACGUCGUAAAGUCUGUUCAAGUUCAUUCAAGUGCCGUUAGUGAACAUGUCCAUGGAAAUGGUGGGCUUCAUGACCAUUGGCAACCAUCUGCCAGUGGUCAUGCAGAAACGUCACACUUAAGUUCCGAUGGACAUGGCGAGGAAUCAAAUUCUGAAUAUCAACCGAAUUAUCAUCAAUCAGAAAACUAUGAUGGUAAUGAGGGUCACCAUUAA